GAGAAGGGCAGUUUGGUACUGGCUGUCGCAAUGGACUGGUGGAAACUCGUAUCCAGAAGGGCUGGCGCAGGGGGUAGCAUAGGGAGCUAGCGUUCAGAACACUUCGCCAGGUGCAGGGAAGAACACUUGCAGGAGAAAGACAGUUGCAGAGUAAAAGCAAAGCUUACUUCACCAAGGUUAGCUUGCUUUCAUCAGAGAUAUUAGAAGAUCAUGGCAGAAAUACCACAGAUCUCUGAAGAAGAACUGCAAGAACUUAGAGAUGUAUUUUCAAAAAUUGACAUUGACGGCUCUGGAUACGUUGAUAGCAGUGAACUCCAAAAUCUAUUUAAAGAAGCCAAUCGACCAAUACCAGGCUUCAAAAUCCGUGAAAUGAUAGAACAUUUAACAGAAUCUGGAAAUCCAAAAGACCAAAUCAGUUUUGAAGACUUUAUUGAGCUUUUCUAUGGUUUAAAGAGCGAUGAUGUCGCUAAAACGUUCAGAAAACAACUCUUGAAGAAGGAGGGAAUCUGCGCUGUUCAUGGAACUGAAAAGUCUAGUGAAGGAACUCAGCACUCAUACUCAGAGGAAGAACGAUAUGCCUUCGUUAAUUGGAUCAACAAGGCUUUGGAAAAGGAUCCAGAUUGUCAGCAACUCAUUCCUAUGGAUGCCAACAGUGACACUGAACUUUUUGCUGCUGUUGGGAAUGGCAUUAUCCUUUGUAAAAUGAUCAAUCUCUCGGUGCCUGAUACCAUUGAUGAGAGGACAAUCAACAAAAAGAAGCUCACCCCUUUCACUAUACAGGAAAACUUGAAUCUGGCUCUGAAUUCUGCUUCAGCAAUUGGAUGCCAUGUAGUUAAUAUUGGUGCUGAGGAUCUAAAAGAAGGAAAGCCUUACCUUGUGUUGGGCCUUCUGUGGCAGGUCAUCAAAAUCGGUCUUUUUGCAGACAUUGAAUUGAGCCGAAAUGAAGCGCUAAUUGCCCUGCUUCGAGAAGGUGAAAGUCUGGAGGACCUGAUGAAACUGUCACCUGAGGAGCUGCUACUAAGAUGGGCUAACUACCACCUGGAAGGUGCCGGCUGCCAAAAAGUUAACAACUUCAGCAGUGAUAUUAAGGAUUCGAAAGCCUACUACCACCUUCUCAAUCAAAUCGCACCUAAAGGAGAUGAAGAGGGACAGGUUCCGAUUCCGGUUGAUAUGUCUGGUAUUAAUGAAAAAGAUGACUUGAAACGUGCAGAGUCUAUGCUUCAGCAAGCUGAUAAACUUGGCUGCAGACAGUUUGUCACAGCAGCAGAUGUCGUCCGUGGAAACCCCAAGUUAAACUUGGCAUUUGUUGCCAAUCUCUUCAACAAAUAUCCAGCUCUUCGGAAGCCUGAGAAUCAGGACAUAGACUGGAGCCUUCUGGAGGGUGAAACAAGAGAAGAAAGGACUUUCAGAAACUGGAUGAACUCACUUGGUGUGACUCCUCGUGUGAACCAUUUAUACAGUGACCUGGAUGAUGCCUUGGUGAUUCUGCAGCUCUAUGAAAAGAUCAAGGUCCCUGUGGAUUGGAGUCGGGUCAACAAGCCACCUUAUCCUAAACUGGGUGCUAACAUGAAGAAACUGGAAAACUGUAAUUACGCAGUUGAUCUGGGAAAGAACAAAGCCAAGUUUUCACUUGUUGGCAUCGCAGGUCAGGACCUGAAUGAAGGCAAACACAUGCCAACCUUAGCUUUAUUGUGGCAAUUAAUGAGGAGGUAUACCUUGAACAUGCUGGAGGAGAUUGGUGAUGGUGAAAAGGUUAAUGAUGACAUCAUUGUAAACUGGGUGAAUCAGACAUUAUCUGAAGCAGCAAAAAGCUCCGUUAUUUCUAGCUUUAAGGACAAAGAAAUUAGCACAAGUAUACCGGUACUGGAUUUGAUCGAUGCCAUUCAGCCUACAUCGAUCCGAUAUGACCUUGUGAAGACAGGAGACCUGACUGAUGAAGAGAAGCUUGAAAAUGCUAAGUAUGCCAUUUCAAUGGCAAGAAAAAUUGGAGCUCGAGUCUACGCUCUUCCAGAAGAUCUAGUUGAAGUAAAACCAAAAAUGGUCAUGACUGUCUUUGCAUGUCUGAUGGGAAAAGGAAUGAAGAGGGCCUGAAGGAUUUGAGCUGAAUUAAACUCUUCUUCUCGCAUAGUCCUACACUGGAUGCAACUUUCCAAAGCAGAACUUUCGCUCAGAAAAACUCCUGGUUUAUUUUACCUGGCUUUGCUAUUGCAGAAUAGAAUGAUAGAUCAAAGUUCCACAUUUCCCCAAACAUUACAUAAAAAUCUGAGGACAUUCUAGAACACAGGCUGAGCUGCAGAAAAAACUGCUAUGCAUCAAUCUAAACCAAAGAUAUUGGAUAACAUGAGAGUACUUUCCCAGUGCAGAAGCCAUUUAUCAUUUUACAAAUGCUAUAUUAUUUGGAGGGUGAAUUAUCAGAGCUUGUACAGCUGUCCUUUGGAUAUUUCCAAUUACGUCCACAGAGCAGUAUAGUGAAGAGGCCGAAGACAUUUGGCAACUCUUUGCAAUGACCCAAGUUUUGCUGGAGCAAGGCAUCAAGUACUAUGCCCUGUUAAGCUUGCUCACAUCAUCCAGGCUUUAAAAUUUAUUGCCCAAAAAAUUGCUGAUAAUAGUGAAAAAUUGAAAUACAUUAAAAAGAUAAAUGACUGGAUCAAGGGAGAUAUGAAAGGCAGAAAGAAAAAGAAAACAAAAAAUGCAGAAUUUUAUUUUCAAAAAUUUCCUCUGAACUAAUUCAGAGAUAAUGGAUGUUUUCACUACCAGCAAGAGAUGUUGAUUUACAGUCUUCUGUAAUUAUCACAUUGUUAAUUCAGUUGAUUCCUAGACAACUUUCUCUACCUUUUAAAUGUAAAAAUGUAGCAACUUCAUGGUAAUUACCAGGUUGUUCAGCACAAGAUGUUGUUAUCUGAAUCUAAUGGCAGAACAGUGCAAAUCAGCCCCUAACUUCAGGUAAUUUAUAACUCCUGAGCUCUCUUCCUCACUGCAAACUGCUGAUAGGUUUGUACAAAAAAAACAGCGUGUGUCGUUCAGGCACUUUUUUUUCCCAGCUAAAUCUAUACGAUUAUAAAUCGUCAUGUCAAUGAAAUUUCACAUCAUGGGUUGACACAUAAGACUUCUGCUGCAUCUAGAUUUAACCCUAAUUUGUUAUGCAAUGUGCACGUACUACAAAAGUUAUAUAAAAAAUUACAUUAAGCAGCUAGCACAUGCUUGAUGAAGACUUAAAUUUACUAGUUUCUGUAGUCUGCAUACAUUUUUCCCAGAAUUCACAGACAGCAAUAAAAAGGAAUAAAAAAAACAAGAUUAUUACUAUGUUCAUUUGUCCAUAGCAGCCAGGUGAUCUUUAAACAUGCUGAGUGUACGUACAUUAAGCCUGUCAAUAAUACAUUCUGAAUAACAUCCUCUAAAUAAUUACUGGUAAUAGUCCCGUAAAAUAAACUUGCAUGCAUAUUUA